UUUAAAGGCAUUAAACAGCACAUCAAUGUACAUUUCAAUUAGACUAAAUAAUAAUGCUAUGAUUUUAUCGGUAGUAACUUUACUUAUUAACUUGAAUUAUUUCUUUCUUUUACUUCAUGUUAGGAAGAGUAUCUUUUUGCUCGAAAUAAAAAAUUGAUAUAGGAGUAAUAAUAUGGAUAGAGAUCAAAAACUGUUAGGGCAGAAAUUACACGUUUGAACUUUAUAGUUCAGUAUAGUUCAAAUAGAAAUUAUAUAGAAUUAUUUAAUAAUUUGUAUUCCACUGGAAUAAAAAUUUAAUUUCUGUCUUUAUCAAAUCUCUAUUUCAGAGUAUUUGUACGUAUGUACUUAUCGUCUGCUGUAUGAUCGAAUAUCGAAUAGGUAAUAAUCGUUGUUACUCGUUAUGUGAGAAAAAAUUAUGUAUAUUCACAACUAUGACUAUUGCAUUUUAGGCGCUUGGCCAUGGAUCGUUGCAUUAGGUUUUCGUAAUCCCCGAAACCCAGACAAACCACUAUGGAAGUGCGGAGGUUCCCUGAUAUCGGCUAGGCAUGUUUUGACCGCAGCACAUUGUGCACAUAUGGAUGGAAUAGAAAACAUACACAAUCAUAAUAUUGCCAUUCUUAGAUUGGUGGAGGAGGUGCCAUUUUCGAGGUACGUAUAUCCCAUUUGUACGAAAGAGCUCCUGCGAAAGAGCAACUUCGUCGGCUAUAACCCCCUUGUUGCUGGAUGGGGAGCAUUAAGAUAUAGACGACCACGACGUAAUGCAUUAAUGGAAGUACAAAUGCCAGUGAUUAAGAACGCCGAAUGCAAAAUAGCUUAUUCCAAAUUUCCUAAUGCACCUGAUGUCACUGAUGGUAUAAUAUGCGCAGAACGUGCUCAGGGUGGAAAGGAUUCUUGUACGGCUGACCGCGGCGGACCACUGCUGAUACAACAUGAAUUAACCUCGUAUUUAAUAGGCUGUUAAUCUAGAGGCUGGAGUACAAAGAAGUGGCACAAUGAUGUGGGCUGAUGACAUUUAUAAUUAUCAAGGAAUCACCCCUACAUUCGCUCAGAAUUUUAAUGAAACUGUCCCUUGGGAAGGAAGAACUGAUACCUUGAUAUCACGGUUUGUACAUCCUAUAUAUACGACAAAUUUUAGAACAUUAUAUAACGAAGAACCAGAUCGUCGUGGCCAUGUGAUGUGAAUAAAAGGACUUGAAUUUGAUGAUAUUUUUAUAAUGUUAGAUAACAUAACUAAGUAUCUUCACAGUAAGAUAGGAUGACAUGGUUUACAUGAUCUUAAUGUUGUUCACUUGAGUGAUGAUAUUAUAAGGAAAAGUGUAAUAUCACAGGAUAUUUAUGUUUAGUAACCAGUAAUUCAGAGAUUGGUAUUCAUGGUUACUAUAACGAGGCUGUAGAAACGCACCCUUUCUUCUUUGCAAAUGGUCCUGUAUUUAUGUCUAAGCCGAAACUGGAACCUCUGAAUAAUUUAGAUUUAUUCUUGUUAUUUUCUAAAAUACUUAUCUACAGUAUACCAUAAGGAAUGAUACCGUAUCGCACCUAAUCAAGUGCCUUAAGAAACAUCAACAGGAUAUCACAGUAAUCCCGUAUCGACUGAUAUUUGUAGCCACUACAAUAUCUAUGACACUGGUAGUAAUUAUGAGAACAAUAAUGAUGUGUUCUAUAAGAGGAAAUGAUGAUUAGGAACAAAAACUUACAGGUAAGUCAAAGUAUAUGUUAUUUGCCAUUUGAAAAGAAAGUUACUAACUUGGAAUUUUUUGAUAAAUAAUAAUUGUAUCAUACGUACUUUUGAAUUCGUGCAAGAACAUAUGUAAUUUUGAAGUAGUUAUUAUUAGGAAAUUGUUAGACGCGAACAGUAUGCGAAAAGUUAGUAUGCAGUGUAAUAAUUAUCAAUCAAAACACAAGAAUUAAAUUCUUGAGGAAAAAAUUUCCGGAAUUUCUUAUUUACAUGAUUAUAAAGAAAUCCAUAAUAAAAAGGAGCUGCUUUCUAAUACUUCUCUUCCUUGUAAUGCCUGCGUUAAUAAUAACGAGGUUCGACUUUUUGUUUUUAGAGGGAUACUGGAAAAUUUGAAAGUACAGUACCAUUGGGAAGAAAAUCACGAUAUUGAAAACGAUAUUUGCAAGUAAAUUUCCAAAAAAUCUGUUUUCAAAUUUUCGCUUUCUAUUUCACAUUAAAAGAAAGGGAGGGCUGCCUUCUUUUUCUGCAAGACAAAACAAACAUUCUGAAUCUCGUAUCAAUGAAUGAUGUCAAUAAGUUAUUUUUCUUUUCAGAUUGAACAAUAUUCCAGAUUUAUUCAUAAUUUCAUACUACGCGAAGAAUAGACUUUUCAUAGGUAUAUAAAGGAAAUAUUAAGUAUAGGAAAACUCUUUUUCGUUGUAGGUGACAUAUGCUUCACGGUUGAACACAUGUAUUUUUGAACACAUAUAAAUGAAAAAGUACUCUUAUGGAGAAAAAGAAUUGAUACCUUCGAUUGACAUUAGAUAAUGUAUAUAAACUUAUGAACAAUCACUAUCAGUUUGUAUCUUAGGUGCACACGCAGAUUUGUUGGAGUUCUUAUAAAAUGUACUUCCUGUACGAACGUUUUAUUCUUCCAAAUUUUACGAUACUAUGUCUCAUAUAAUAACUAUAUGGAUUAAACGUAAUAUAAAUGAUCCGAAAAUAGACUCGAACGACAUUAAUUGUCUUUCUAUUUAUACCAAUAUCGAAAAUACAAGUAAAGCUGGAGCAAUAGUAUGCAAGAAUGGACUAUUUAUUAUUUUAAACCAAAUCAUAGCAUAUUCAGAAUGCACAGUAUUAUCAUGAAAUGUAAAUGAAUCAGUUGUAAACGAACGAUUUUACUGUAAAAUCGUUGCCUCCUUUUUUUCAUCUGAAAUAUAGCAGCAAUGAGUACAUUCUUUUAAUAUAUAAUAAAACGAGAUAUCUUUAUAAAGUUACAUAUGUCAUCACUGGUAACUGUUAUCUCGUAUGACACCAAAUAUACCGUUAGUAUGGAAUGAUAUUUUUAUGAAGAUAUACUUUAAUGAUAGAUUUUAUGAAUGAAACGUUAUAUAAGAAAAAUUAUCUCUUGUUAUUCUAUGAAGUGUAGUAGCUAAUGAAGAUUAAUUUUACGAAGUAUUAGAGCAAAAGAGAAUUAAAAAAUUAAAAAGAUCUAAAUAAGA